GGAAUGGCGUCUUUGAGUCCUGGAGAAGAGGAUAUGGAAAGUGCAUCUGAAGGAGAAGGAGGAUGGAGUGAAGUAAGGAAAAAGACUUCAAGAAAGAAGAUAGACAUGUCAAGUGACAGUCUUAGUGAAUCUGAUUCACGGAAUGAGUUGAAGAGAGUAAAGAAAAAGAAUGAGAAUGAAGAUUGGAAAGUGAUUGUGGAGUUUGGUGAGCAAACCGCAGCUAAGCUACAUCCAGUGGCCCUGACUAAAGCAAUUCACAAAGAAAUUGGAUCGAUAAAGCAAGCAAGAUUCCUGAGCAAAGGACGGAUGUUGAUUGAAUUGAUGAAUGCAAAACAACAGGAAAAGUUACUGAAAAUGAAGACCCUGAAUGAAGUUCGAAUUAAAUGCCAUGUUCCUGGAGCAAAUCGGAAAAUACUUGGAGUUAUCAGUGGAGUUCCCAUAGAAAUCGGCAUAGAAGAGCUCAAGAAAGAAAUUAAAGGGGGGAAAGUGUCUGUAGUUAAGCGUCUUCCUACUAGGUAUCAGGGUAAGAUAGUGGAUAGUUUGUCUGUUCUUCUUCAGUUUGAAGAAACAAUUCAACAGAAGAUAAUGAUCGGUUGCAUGAGCUUUCCAGUAAGAGAAUUCAUCCCUAAACUUCUGCGGUGCUUUAAAUGCCAAAGGUUUGGGCAUGUGGCAGACAAGUGCAAAGCAACUAAGCCCAGGUGUCCAACAUGUGCGGGGGAACAUGAAUAUGGUAGUUGUGCUGCAGGUGCUAAGGUGAAAUGUUGUAACUGUGGUGGGGAACAUAGUGCUGCGUAUCAGGGCUGCGAAGUGCAGAAAAAGGCCAAGGAGGUGCAGAGAUUCAAAGUGCAAAAUAAAGUCUCAUAUGCAACAAACAAAAAAGAGGUCAAGACUGAAAACAAUAGUGGAAGCAGCAGGUGAAUUUUUGGGGAUAAAGGAUAUAACCGUUGAAAUGAUGCAUGAUAUGCUAGCCCCCAAUAAUGAUGAUUCACAGAUUAGUGAGUAGAUGAAUGGUUUUUCUCAUUCUUCAGUGGAAUGCUAGAAGCCUUAUUGCAAAUGGACAAGAAUUCAAGACUUAUAUAUAUCAGUUAAAAGAAAAACCAGAUGUUAUUUGUAUUCAAGAAACAUGGCUGAAGACUCAUUUGGACUUCAUAAUUGGGGGAUAUACUGCUAUAAGACAAGAUAGAAAUGAUGGCCAGGGAGGGGGAUGUGCAAUCUUUAUCAGAGAAGUAAUGUCUUAUAGUAGGCUAAUAUUUAAGAACAGUCAUGAUUUAGAAAUAGUGGGUGUAGAAGUUUGGAUUAAUAAAAGGAAAAUUAGUGUCCUGAAUUUUUAUAAUCCAUGUAAUAAACUCAAAAUAGAGGAAUUAGACAGUCUUUGCCAAGGAAAUGAAAUAAUAUGGUGUGGUGAUUUUAAUGCACAUAAUACAAUGUGGGGAGGGAGAUCAACAGAUUACAACGGACAGGUGGUGGAAGACUUAAUGGAGGCAAAGGAAUUUGUUUGUUUAAAUAAUGGGCAAGGUACAAGACUCAAUUUUAGAGAUGGAACAGAGUCUGCGAUCGACCUAACUCUUGUAACAAGUGAAUUAGCUUCGGGUAGCAGUUGGGAAGUAUUGGCAAAUAACAGUAUUGGGAGUGAUCAUCUUCCGAUUAUAAUCAAGUUUGAUAUUAGUAAUGUGGUUGAGCUAGAUGGUAUCAUGAGAUGGACCUUUUCUAAAGCAAAUUGGGAGAUGUUUGCUAAAUUGUGUGAUAAAGAAUUUGAUCAGAUUGAUAUGGCAGGAAGUAUUGAUGAAAUAAAUGAACAAUUUACUUCAAAUAUAAUUAAAAGCGCUAAUCAAACUAUUGGGAAUAAAACUGGUAAACUUA